CGGGACGUUAAAAGUAAUAACUUCCGGAAUCAGGCAGUAGGCAGCCCAGUUUCAUUUCUCUCACAGUUCAUCACAAAUCACAAUUCAGUGAAUUGGGAAAAGCUCAAAUCAGCAACAGUUAGAUCAAGAUCUAGUUUUGGAUUGACUGAGUUCAGGUUAAAGUAGGCUACAGUACAAAAUGAGGGAAGGAGUGCAGUAGAGGGCCGGACGACCAACUGCACCUUUAUGAAUCUAACACCAUAAGCUACAGCGAGCACCUAGCACACCUCUGUGACUGUCCCAAAUAUAGAUGAGUUCCUGGAAAAAAAAACAACAAUGAGUAUCAACAAACUUUGCCAACGUCUUUCUGUGCUGACGAUGAGCCAUGUCAGGCCCCCCGCACGGACCACAGAAACUGUGAGAAAUAUCCACUCAAGUCCAGCGUGUUUAAAGAAUUUCAAAUCCAGGAUACCUCGAAAUCUGAAGAUAGGACUUUACCGCUUUGAUGCCAGUGUUGAUCCAACAAAGUACACUAUCAAGCCUAUAGAAGUAGCAAAAACAGGGGGACGAGGACCUGAUGGAAGAAUUUGGAUCCACAAAAUUGGUGGAGGCUUCAAAAAGAUGUAUCGAAUGAUAGAUUUCCAUAGGGUUGGUCCAAAGGAAGGCGAACCGAAGGUUGAGAAAGUCUACGAGGUGAUCAAAGAUGACUGUCGCACUGCUAAUAUAGCCCUUGUGGCAGCAGGAAAUCAUAAACGAUGGAUUUUAGCUUCUGAGAACAUGAAGUCAGGAGACUUGAUCAAAACAUCUGGAACUGUCACAGCUAUGCCAGUGCGAGCUCAGGAAGGAGAUGCUCAUCCUGUUGGCUCCUUGCCUCUGGGUACUCUGGUCCACAACAUUGAGGCUUUAGUAGGCUCAGGGGGCACCGUAGCCAGGGCUGCUGGUACAUCCGGGCUCUACGUUCGCAAGGUUGGAGACAAGUGUGUUAUACGCAUGCCCUCGAAACGAGAACUGGUCAUAUCGCAAGAGUGUAUGGUGACGAUUGGGCGCGUCUCCAACGUUGAACAUCACAAGACCAAGAAGAUGCGCAAAGCUGGAGAGAACCGAUGGCAGGGACGGCGGCCUCACAGCGGCUGGUGGCAGCGGAAGACGGGCUACCACGGCCGCAAGAUCAAGCCACUGAAGGCCCCCAUGGUCGUGGAGAGAGCGGCAGAGGAGGCGCCCUACGCUCACAGUUUCACUUUUUGAUGUCGUGUGCUUGUGUUGAAAUUGAAAGGAAGACUGUGUAUCACAUUGUGUGAGGUUUUCGUUUGAUGGGUAUGAGAUGGGAGGAAGAGACGGUUCUCGAAACGUUAUCACUCCACUGAAAUUAUUUCUCAUCUUUGUUGAAAGUUAAAGAAGUAAGACCCAAGGCUUAAAAGGCACUCGUGAUUGUUGAUUUUGAGUAAGUAGAGUGUUUGUAGCAUGGAUUUGAUGAGUGCUAGUUAUUUGAUAUUGAAGGGUUUCUGAAUUGUAUGUAUGAGAUUCGGUCCAAUUUGUAUUUGUGUGCUGUGUUUUGAGUUCUCCGGAAUUCUUUUUUUUUUUUUUUUUACAUUUUGCGGUCACGCAGCCAGCAGUACGAAAUACCCCACUUGAUCACCCAGCCAGGAGAGUGACUGCAAUGGACUUCUCGGGCCUGGUUCAGAACUGCGCCAGGUGACUAGAACGAAAUUUUCACCGCCGCAUUAUUGCGCCAAGUGACGCAAAGUGUUAAGAGAGUGCACUCAAAGUCAAAGGGUGUAUGUACAGUGGAGUUAUUAUUGUCAGUGUAAAUGAUGAUUUUAAUUUUGGCAGUAACAAUAACAUUUGGAAGACAAUGAAAUGAAGUGCUUGUGCGUGUAACAAAUGUUCCCUUUGUGCUCGAUGCUAUAUGUGAUGAUAUGUCUUGUUGGUUGUAGAACUUGUCAUAAAAUUGUGAAAAUGAUCUGUUUUUGGUUGAUCUAGUGGUCAGAGUGAUAUUUAAUAAUGUAAAUUCUAUUGCAUUGUGUUAGAAAAAAAAGUGUGCAGAAUUAAUAAAAUGGAAUACUUCUUAUGUAAAA